UUGAUAACACGUACGGGCGUGUACACCUGGGUGCACCUGAUUAUAAUAUGUGACUCAUACAGCUCAACGACAUCACUAACGUUGACCUGAAAUAGCCAUACAUAGUUCCGUGUUCAUGUAGAUUUGAUGUGUAACUCGUGUGAGAAUGAGGAGGCUUUUUACAGACGCUAUCUUUCACUGCAUUGUAGCUGUUGUUGCUGCUGAUGUCUAUUUUCACAACCCUAGAGGUAGUAACAAUAGACUGGAUGAGGCAUCCAGAAAUAGAGCUAAUGCAAAUCGGCUGUAUGAUUCUCAGAACAACGACCGAGGUGGCUACAAUGUAGGCAGCGUGUAUUACUAUGCCGGAUCUAAACUACAUCUUGAAUGGACCAAUCAGCAUUCUUGCAGUGAUCCACAUAACAACUGCGAGUUAGUGAUACAGUACAUGUGCCAUGACUUCCUUAGAGACGGAACUACUACAAAUACGAUCCCGGAGAAUCCGACGCAGUGCAGUGACUAUGAUUGUAAUCGCGACUUUCGCUACGGCAUGCACGAGAGCUACGACCAGUUCCUCACCUGCAAGAUGCGCAAACGCAACCGCCGCCUCUACACUGCUGACCAGAAAUUAAAAAAGAAUAGCGCUCAAGCAACCAGACAGAAUCCAGGGGGCACCAGGAGAGGUUACGAGUGCGCCGAAGAGAGGGACUACUACCCAUACUGGCACCCUACCUGGUGGAGAGACAUAGUGGUGAUGACGAACAACGCCAGCAGGUGUCCGUACUACCAGGCGGAGAGCGAGAACGUGAAACCUCGCUGGGCAUGCGCCAUCCCCCUCGACGUGCUCCAGAUCGAGAUGCACGGAAAGCACGGGAUCAUUCCCAACAAUCAGGAAGGCUGCGAGAAUUUCCGCUGGCCGGCUAACGACCCUAACGGCACGGUGGGAGUGUGGACGGAGUUUGCGUCGCACGGCCUGCCGCCGCCGGACUGCCGAGAGACAGAACACACGCGCGACAAUCACCUUGGCAACGGAGCGACGGGUUACCCGAACAGCUACGAGUGGACGGUGCCGGAGAUGCUGCACGAACACUGCAGCUUCCGUAUCAGGUAUAACAUCUCGACGGGCGACUACGACUCGUGGAACACGAAUGCGAGCAUGAACACGCUAACGAAGAAGGCUCGCGUUAACGGCAAUCAGUUCAGGACGACCACCUGUCAGUCGGUGGACGUUCACUCGCGCUUCGGCUUUGAGAACUGUAGCGAGGCGGCGGAUCGUGGCUACCUCAUGAAGAACAAUCCCGUCGUCGAGAUAUUCCCCGGAUACAACCUCGACCUUCGCCUCGCCAUAAACACCGCGCAGUUCGGACGAACCUUCCAAGACAGGUGGACCGGCUCGAACACGAACCCGGACAACAACGACGGGCAGGGUCGCGCCGGCUCCGACCGCUCCAACGUAGUGCUGCAGGAGACGCGGGCCUACGUCGAGGGAAGCGGCGCCCCCUACAAGGGAUUCCCCGAGUACGGACACUGGGGGCGCAGCUACCCGCGUCGCCUCGGCAACGUGACUCUGCUGGGGCUCACGAGGGAGGACCUGACGACGCUCGCAAUACUAGACACACAUCAGUACGGUGGCGAAAUGUCUGAGCUAGACGACGCGGGCACGUACUUUGACCUUGGACCGCGCAAGGUCACCGAGACGGGAGUCUUUCAUUACAUGAGCACACGCAACAAUAACUUCUCAAACAGGAGUCAGAAAGGGAAGCUCGUCGUCAGGGACCAGCAGAUGAGCAGUAACAAGAUCGGCUGGAAUGGAGGCAACUUCACGAUUCCUGGCAGUGGUACGGGUGUCUACAUUGACCGCGGCACGCUGGACACGCUACAGGAGUUUUCGCUGGAGCAGUGGAGCAUCGCGGCGGCGGAGGCGAGGCUGGCGGCGCUCGAUGCUGGCUUCCCGGAGGGUGACGGCUUCGGCAGCGACGUGAUGCUGCUGCUGCCACAGAACAAGGUCACGCCGGGAGAAAACAGGUUCACGAUGAAGAUUGACCUUGACUCGCACAAGGACGUGGAAGUGUACCACGCGAACACGCAGAACUUUGUCUCAUGGCAGCGGCUCGAGGGAACCGUGGAGAAUGGCGCCGUCGAAUUCUCGACGGACCGUGGCGGCAUCUACGUAGUACGCACCAACACCAACAUCGGUAUGAUUGUUGGCAUCACGGUGGCGUGUGCAGCUAUCGCUCUCAUCAUCGUCGGCAGCGUCAUCUACUUCAAGAAGCACCCGAGUAAGUGGGAAACCAUCGCCAGCAGCGCCACGAGAACAAAACGCUCCCUCCAGGGGCGAGUGUGAGUGUGUGGCGCUAUCUGUUGGCUCUCAAGGAAAACAUAUUUUGCAUAUUAUUUGCUUUGACAUUGACAGUGACAUUGCUGCAAGCAUUUGCGUUUAAGAAUUCCCAUGUGCGAUUGGAAGUCAGUGGGCAUAAUUCGGAUACAGCUAAUAUUUAAUUAUAUUAUAAUAUUAUUAUAUAUAAUUUAGGAUAUAUUUAACAGGAAAACUGAUUCCCACAAGUCAUGUGAUAAAUGCGAGUUGGAUUAUGAAAUUGAUGAAUCGUGAGAUAUAUCUCCGAAACAAAAAUUGUCUAAUCGCCCAUGACUACAUCCGAGUAUUUAGAAUUCCUUAAUGUGAUCACUGGAUCUAAAAUCAACAAAACUAUAUAUUUUGCGGGAAAUGUACACUUAUGUGAUGAGUGCUACCUUGGAUUGUGCGAUACGCCUUUUCAACCAGAUUGGUGUCUAAUCAUGCUCAUAUUUAUGCAGGCGUCUAUGUGACAGGUCAAACUGUUGUUGACAGUGUUGCUCAAAACUUGUUGGUUUCAUUGGAAUUAGUAUAGUCGUAGCUCCUACAAAAAUAGUGUUGUCUGUCGUUUCACCAUACUUCUGUCUCGUGCCUCGUGUUUAUAGUUAAUAACACUGUAAUAGGACAGCCCACGGCCAGAUGCACCUGGCAGUAUAUACAUGUCGCCAAGAGCUA